CGCCGCACCUUUUCCGGCUUCGGCUCCCGCCCAGACACCAGCGCCCUGGGGAGCAGCACCCACUCUGGGAGCCCGGGCUGCGGCCAGGGGCAUGAGAACAACCAAGCGCCCGCGCCUCCUCGGCCGAGGCCGCGCACACUUGCGAUGGCGGUGCGGCUUGCCCGCCGCAGUGUAGGGUAAACGCAAGACGUGAAGAGUAGUGAAAGGGACUAACUAGUGCUUGCCAAAGGGACCUGAGAGGAAGGCCAGGUCAACACCGUGUGGACAGCCCUGCACUGUUUUCCAAAGAUGCUCUUGAAGUAGUAGUCCUCAUUAACACAGCUUGCCUUCACCUGCCAAAGCUCGUCAUCAUGGGCUGCAUGAAGUCCAAGGAAACGUUCCCAUUUCCUACCACAUUAGACAUCGACAAGCUACAUGAGAGCGAAGAGGCCUUUAUGCCAGAUGCCAGCUGUCAAUACAGGACACCUUCUCCAGAUGAACAACAGCACGUCCAGGAAGUGAAGAAAGUCUCAGAGCCCAGUGCUCUCAUUGGUGCCGUGAUCCUUGAGUUCGCAGACCGUCUGGCCAAUGAAAUUGUGGAGGAUGCCUUACAGCAGUGGGCAUGUGAAAACAUCCAGUACUACAACAUCCCGUACAUCGAGAGUGAGGGCUCUGACGUCACCAUUGACUGAUGAUACUCAACUGUGCUCUGGAUGUAGUCGGUGCUAGUUAAAUACAUGAGAUAAGUUUGCAAAUUCCAACUGGAUGUUAAACUAUGAUAUUAAUGAUAGUUUAUUAUGAUAUAAUAUCUAUGAUAUUAAUGUAGGGAUGUUUAUGAUGAAAUAUAAUUUUAAGCAGUUCUAUUAUUUUAGCAUCAAUGUAUAUCUGCUUGAUAUCAAAUUUUGGUCACAGAAGACCUGGAACAAGGUAUUAUGCCACCCAGCCAUUAGCUGUCUGUCAUACCAUGCUCUUCCUAGGGCAGGAAUGACAUCACCAAAGAAAAUGUUAAAUAAAAAGUGCCCAAGUUCCAAAUGGUUAUUUUAAGGGGUUGACUUUAAAAUGACUAUUUUUGUUAAUUUAUACCAAAAAAAGAAAAAAAAAAGCCCAGAACAUGAAAAGGGAAUUUCUUUAAAAUGCAAAAAAAAAGCAAGCAACAGAACUCCAGCCAUAGUAAUUCACAACAUGUGUGCUGUCGAAACCAUUUGUGUCAAGGACUGCCCACUUCCUGACACCUAUAACCUGCCAUUAGAAAACUCCCAGUGGAGAGGACUGCUUUGAUUGUGGUUCUCAGUAGGAAGUCUAUUUUUGUAGAUGGAAAGGGUAGCAGACUCAGGGUCAUGCCACAGCUGUUACUGGGUGAUUUAAACUUUGCAUGUUAUAGCCUUCUUUAAAAGAUAAUUUAUAGAAGUAAUCUCUUUGGUACCUUUUAUUCAGUAAAUCUUAAAAAUGACAGAAAUUUAGUCUGCAAGGUAAAAAUUUAAGCCUGUUUUUUAUGGCUAACAAUGUAUAAAGAACUGACUGCAGUGCUGGUACAGAGGUAGAUGUGUAGCUGUACACGAGGACUUGCAAUUCUCUUACACUCCUCUCAAAGGGAGCACCUGUGUGGGAUUUAGCAGUCACUUGUGCCCUCAGAACACUCUUAGCUACAUACUCUCCUCCUGAAUGGAGAGCUUGUGUGGGUUGUAGCAGUUAUACAUGUCCACAGAAUACUUUUAUCCAUAUUGUAGAAGUGUUUUAAAAAAAACUAUCAUAUGCUUUAUCUUUUAAAUCUUAACUGUUUAAGAUUUAAACAGUAACAGAAGACUUAGAACAAAGUCAAUAGAAGAGGACUAAGUGUCUAGAAUUAUCACCAAGUUGUGCUAAACACGGAGUAAGAGGAAAUGGGGCCCAUCUAUACCAGUCCUUCAAGGAUACGGUUUAUCAGCAUUCUUGAAAUCCAAAGCCAUUGAAGAAAGGCUUUUGGUAUCAUUGUGAGUUAACAGGCACUUGACUUUAUCCAUAGUGGGAAAUGCUGCCUCUAGUUUUAUAGUAAGACAUUGAAACAUAACUCAAACAGUGUGAAUUCUCUAAGUCUUAGGAGCAGAGAGGUUAUUAAAAUUAGUGACAUCCAUCGUUCAGUUUCCUUUCAGAACUCCAUUCAUUCUGUUAGUUUCACUAAACCCUGGGAGUCACAGUGCUCCACCACACACAGUGCCUCAUACACUGGUGAUUAGACAGCUUACAGAACUGCAAGCAACCACUCCUAUUCCUAUGCCUUCUCCAUUUAGUUCAUGGAGCAGUUUAGUUUCCAAACUAUGUCUAUACUGAUGAUUCAGGCAAAAGCCCUUAGGUCAUUCAAUUGGUUUCUCAUAUGAACAUGUCUGUUGCAAAGUUUCUUGUUAUUUAACAAAUAUAAUUAGGUAUAUAAAAUAAUAUAUAUGUUGGUCAGAACAUGAAAAUAUAGUCUACACAGAGAUAUUGGCAAAUGAGUAUGGGUUGAGUAUUUCAACUUCAGGUUUCUUCUUUGUCCAAGAGUGGAGCCUGCCCAGUCCACAUCUAGCUAGAUAUCUGCUCCCUGUUUCACAGCUAUAGUUUAAGCAACUAUGAUCAACAGUUUCAUCACAAAAGCAAGCACUGUCCCCUCACUCUGAGUCA